GGGGGGGGGGGGAUGUUCGGUGUGUAGAUGGAGUGAGGAGACAAGGACUUGGCAGUUGCUCUAGUGGGGUUGUGUGUCCGUGGUGGCAGCGCUAGUUGUCUGUGCCUGUAGUAGUUGUGUGUGAAUCGUGUUCUUCCUACCUGUUGUGCGGACUGUACGUGUGGCCCGGGAUCUGUGGUCUCCCUCCCCUCCCCCCACUCCAGGAUGUCCUGACUGGUCCUGUAGCCCGGGCUCAGGAGUUGUCACCUCCUGGGCUCUGGACCAUGAGAGCGAGUACAGAGACUGAGCUGAGCUGGAGCCCUGGGCUGAUAUACAGCGAUAGUGAGCGGGAUCCAGGUACCUACACAUUAUUCCCCCCCAUGGCAUGGAGCUGAGGGCUACCCGACCACUGGGACACUGACAACAAGGACCACACCUCCACCUUCCUCCUCCUUCACCUUCCUUCCACCUCUGCUCCACACUUCUUCAUCACUUCUCCACCACCACACCGACAGGGCAUGGGACCAGGGGGUCCGGUGUGAGUGGAGCACACAACUUGGACCCCGAGUAUGGGGCCCCUGGUCCCACUGCUCCUUGGGGCCCUGAUUUGGGUCUGUGUAUGGACAGAUGAUCCCAGCAAAGUCAUCUCAGAUCGCUAUGCAGUCUACUGGAACAAGAGUAAUCCCAGGUUCCAUCAUGGUGACUACACUGUGGAUGUGAGCAUCAAUGAUUACCUGGAUAUUUACUGCCCCCAUUAUGAAAUUCCUCUCCCAGCAGACAGGAUGGAGCGUUACAUUCUUUAUAUGGUCAAUUAUGAUGGCCAUGCCUCAUGCGACCAUCGGCAGAAGGGGUUCAAACGAUGGGAAUGCAAUCGUCCAGAUUCCCCUAAUGGACCACUGAAGUUUUCUGAAAAAUUCCAGCUGUUUACGCCAUUCUCUCUGGGGUUUGAGUUUCGUCCUGGACAUGAAUAUUAUUAUAUUUCAUCUACUCCUCCAAACUUGGUGGAUAAACCUUGCCUCAGGCUGAAAGUUUACGUACGUCCAACAAACGAUUCUCUAUAUGAAUCUCCAGAGCCUAUCUUCACCAGCAAUAAUUCGGGCCUAAGCCUCAGGGUCCCACACUCCAGCCUUGGUUUUCUUCUGUUUUGGACUAUUAUUGUCUUGUAGCUAUUUUAUGGUGAUUGGAAUCAAAUCAGCAUUAAGGUGGACAAGCAGAAGUAGAUGAAGAAACUGUCUGACAUCAGGAUACGUGGAAUAUUUGAGUGGCAUGCAUAUGGAAAAGAAACCAGUUCAUGGAACUCCCCUCACACGAACGUUGUGAACAAUGUUUUUUUUUUCUGAGGGUGGAAAAUUGCUGAUUUACUUGUAGACUCCGAACGUGGGUUUGCUGGAGUUUGGAUCUUUCCAGUAACUUUCUUUUUACAUUUUCAGACCAAAUGUAUAGUCUUUUUAUUUUGUAUUCUUAGUAUGUUUCUUGCUUUUGCACCAGUAGAGCAAAAUAAUUGUGGAGAUUUUUUUCCAAUAUGCGUGUAACGGGAUCCGGUUCACCCUGACUGUUUCCAUCUGACACUUCCCUCCAUUCUCCUGUCAUAGUCCAUCCCAAUUUUCCUCCAAAUGUUUCAGAUUCAUUUCAUGUGAAAUAUUUUUGUGGAUAUGUGAGGUGCAUCUAUUGAGGGACCAAGAUUGGUAUUUAUGCCCCUUUUGUCACAAAGACUAGAUGAAGCAGCCAAAAGACCAAUUGUUUGUUUUCUGUAAUAGUUUUCUAGUGCUUCUUUUCAUUCAGACAGAAAAUCACACCUAAGAUCCUUAUUAUGUCAGUAUCCUUUGUAGCAAUUCUGUUUUCUACCAUUCUGUUGUUCAUGGUAGCAUCACCUGAACAGCCUGUGUUAAAUAAUUAACUGUCCAUUGUGAAUCACUUUAUUAAGCUCUUAAUCGAUGGAAUGUACCAUGUGAUGAUUAUUGAUUCACACUUCAGAGUAUUGCCUCCUCACCAUAGAGUAUUUGUUCAUAGGAACCUGCAUUCAUUUGCAAACAUAUUGAUAUCAGUAUUGUAAUUUAAAAUGCAUACUGCCUUUGGUUAUCCUGUAACAAAGUCACAGGGAGAGAGCAGUACAUCUCUUGAACUGCCCAUUAUAGUGGGAGGGUGGGGGUGGAGGGCUGCUGGGGUGUUCUGUGUUAAAUUCAUUGAUCAUCAGAUACGAGAUGGAAUAGAUGAACAAUAGUGGUGAGUGCCGAACAUACAGCCAUUGUGGAUAUAUACUAUAUAUUUUUAAGUUAAAAAAUUUAGCAGAUUAAAAAAAACAGGUUUUAACAUACUGAAUUUAUAUAUACAUCUAAAAUACUGAGUAAUUCUUUUAUUUAAAGAAAAAAUAAAUUGUGCCAGUAUCAGAGAUAUUCCAAAAAAAGAAAAAUAAGAGAGCAUUUAAUGGUGCUGCAAAAAAUAAAUAAAUGAAAAAUAAAGUAAAUUAAACUAUUUUUGACUGCCUGUGAGAGUAGUUUAUAAAGGAAAUCAGGUAAAAAAAAAAAAAAAGACUCUGGAUCGAGCAAUUACAGAGGAGUAACUUAAAGGCUGUAAUAUAUAUGUGUCUGUGGCACCUCCGCUUUUAAGUGGUGGUAUUUUAACAAGAAUUUCUAACUUGCACUUAAGCUCUACUAUAUGUGCUGGUUUGUCUUCUCUACCUUCAUCGACUUUUUAAUACAGCAAAAAAUAAAAUAAAAAGAAUGUGGUGUUGUUUCACAAGCUCCUGUGCUCCAGUGGCUAAUGAAAACUUAAACUUUGUCUGUUUUGCUCUCUAUAUGUGAUUCUCCCAUUCCAUCGCUGACUAUCUGUCUGCUUGCUAUAGGUGCAAGUUUCAGGCAUUCUUCAUCCAUGUGUGUAAAUAGAGCCAGCAGGUAUACUGUGAUUUUCUAUGUAUUGCUGACAAUGAAUUUUAUGGAAGUUGUAUGAUUUAUAGACUAGGAAGCAAAAACUUGCAAUAAAAUACAUUUUAUCCA